GCCAGUGGCGCUCGGGACGGUGAGACGGCGGCAGGUGGCGUUUGCUUUUAACACCCUGUUUAAGAGAAGCGCGGAAGUGUGUGGUUUUGGACGCGGCCCAAGCGAGAGCGACUUGGACUGCGCACAGGCGUGCAGGAGGAUAUUAUUACUCAGGUAAACAAGUCGGCGUGUCAGACGCAGCACUGCGAGCGGGAAAGAGUGAUGCAGUUGGAUCGUCGUUGGACCGAGGUUUUUGAUGACUCCGUGCGUGAGGCUUUGCACAGAGGCAAGACAACAAAUCAAAUGAGAAGUUCACGCCUCUCCAUCGGCCCCUCAACACAACGGUCACAACCGAUGAGCAUCAGAAACAGCUACAGCUACAAACGAGAGUUCAGACCUUCAUCAAUGCCAUCCAUACCCAACCCGUUCCCUGAACUCUGCAGUCCCUCACACUCUCCAGUUCGGGUCGGCUCACUGGUGGGAAGCAUCAAUGCCACUGAUGAAGACACGCAUGUAGUAAGGGUGUUCGGAGAGGACACACACAGCCGGUCAGUGGUCGUGUCAUCUACAGCAACAGCGCGCGAGGUGUGUCACAUUUUGGUCGAAUCCACUCACUGCAUGGAUGAAGAGAACUGGGCUCUCCUCGAGCAGCACCCUUCACUAGGGCUUGAGCGCUGUCUCGAGGACCAUGAAGUGGUGUCUAAGGUGCAGUCAUCCUGGCCACAAGAUGGCGACACGAAGCUGCUCUUUCGUAAAAACUAUGCCAAGUAUGAGUUCUUCAAAAAGCCAGCGCAAUAUUUCCCAGAGAACAUGAUUUCAGACAGCACUGAUGUCAAGACAGGAAUGACCCCAUCGCAGCUUGUCCAGAGCAUGCUGAAGUGUGGAUCGUGUCCCGAAAUUCAGGGCUACCUUCAGGUCCGUGAAGCAGGGAAGAAGUCUUGGAAGAAGACCUACUUUGUUUUGCGCCGAUCAGGACUUUACUGCUCAACCAAGGGCUCGUCCAAGGAGCCUAGACAUCUUCAGUGUGUAGCAGAUCUUGAGGACGUUACCGUGUAUACAGUCAGCAACAGCCGGAAACUCUACAGCUCACCCAAAGGACACACUUUCUGCAUGAAGACUAGCAGAAGCAGAUUUCACUCUCAGGAGCUUAAACUGUUGUGUGCGGACAGUGAACAGAGUAAAACCUGCUGGGUUACGGCCUUUAGGCUGUUUAAGUAUGGGAAGCAGCUUCAGUGUAAUUACCUGCUGGCGCAGGCGAAUCCUAGCCUACAUAUCCCUCCACGAAAUAACACCAAGCGAGCAGAUGGAGAUGAGUCGAUGGUAGCCAUGGAUUUCUCAGGGAAGAGCGGGGGUCGAGUGAUCCUCAACCCGCGAGAGGCUGAGAGCGCCGAGCAGGAGGAAGGAUAUAAUUGGAGGAAGAGGGAGGCGCUGCGGUACAGCCUACCGAACAGCAGCCAUGGGUCACGACAUCCAGCUGUGCACCAGGCACAGCCCUGGUUCCACGGUGGAGUUUCCAGGUCUGAAGCCCAACAGUUGCUGGAGGAACAGGGCCAGGCUGACGGGCUGUUUCUGGUUCGGGACAGUCAGCUGCACGCUCAGUGUUUCGUCUUGUCACUGUGUCAUCAGCGGAAGAUCAAACACUACCUGCUCAUACCUUGCGAGGAAAGCGGCAGGCAGUACUACACCAUGGACGACGGCGUCACUCUCUUCAUCGACCUCCUGCAGCUGGUGGAGUUUCACCAGAUCAAUCGGGGCAUCCUCCCCGUCUGCCUCAAACACCCGUGCAUACGCAUCGCUCUCUGAACGCUGAUUCUGCACAAUCCUCACACUCUCUGUCUAAAAUCGACUCCGGCUCGAAUAAGAUUAAACUCUCAUUACAGAACCUAGUGCACGUUAUUUGUGCACAUCAUUUCCAUCCCUGCUGUUCACCUUUUUCGUCACUUGGUGAUGCUGGAGUUCACCACAUCCUAGUUGGGGGUGGGGGAUGUGUGUGAAUACAUCUGAUAGAUGAAGAAUUUUGCACAAUGUUUUGGCAACCUCCUUUUUUUUUGUUGUUGUUCUUUUUCCAGGUUAAUAUUUAUGAGUUAUGUAUUAUGAUUGCAUUCAGACAUGCUUAUGUUUAUUCAUACACUUGUUUUUUUUUAACGGCUGUAAACUGCAGGCGGGUAUAAAGCAGUCUUUAUUGUUUUUGUUGUUAUUGAUGUUUAUUCUUUUAUGUUGUUAAAUAAAUUCUUCCCUAUACUCUUUAA